AUGAAGGUGGACCAGCAAGGCGUCCUCUACUGGGCCGACUUUACCAUUGGAAACCCUGCCCAAGGACUCUCCGCUGAAAUCGACACUGGGAGCUCCGACUUGAUCGUCCUCACUAAUCAGAUUGAGACUUGUGAGAAAAAAAGACUGCAAUGGUCUUCUACGCUGAAAUCUUUCCAGUUUGUCGGUGUAUCUGAAUACAACGCUGCAACCAAUGGCAUAACUAGUACCUUCGGCGUUGGUCUCUACACCCGAGAACACGCUGAGAUAAGGUAUCCCAAUCUGCCUUACGCUCUGGCUGAGGCAGGAGAAAUCAACACUCCGGCCUUUAGCUUGUGGCUCGACAACAAGACGCAUGGGGAGUUCCUGUUUGGUGGCGUCAACAAAGCCAAGUACAUAGGCCCCCUGGUCAGCUAUCCCGUUGUGGUCGACAACCAAAUUGGCCUGUGA